AUGGCUCCUAUCAAUAGUGAUCAUCGAAGAGACGUAGCGAUCGACAUAGUGAAGCCCGUGAAUUUCACCGGCGGGCUCGAUUUCAGUGCCUUGACGUACACGGUAUCGAAGAAGAAAGAGGUGGAGGGGCAAUGGUUGAGCCAAGAAGUGGACUUGUUGCACCGGAUCUCCGGGUACGCGCCGAAGGGGUUCGUGACGGCGGUGAUGGGCCCUAGCGGGGCAGGGAAGUCGACGUUUCUGGACGCGGUGGCGGGGAGAAUCGCCAGUGGGAGUCUCAUGGGAAGAGUGUCGUUGGAUGGCAUGGUGAUGAACCCUAGCUUGAUCAAAAGGACUUCUGCUUAUGUAAUGCAGGAAGAUAGGCUGUUUCCCAUGCUUACUGUUUAUGAGACUUUGAUGUUUGCCGCUGAUUUUCGACUUGGAUCGAUUUCCACUGAUGACAAGAAACAAAGGGUUGAAAAACUCAUCGAACAACUUGGAUUGUCCUCGGCUAGAAACACCUACAUAGGCGACGAGGGGACCCGGGGAGUCUCCGGCGGCGAGCGGCGGAGAGUCUCAAUCGGCGUCGACAUCAUCCACGGGCCGUCCCUCCUCUUCCUCGACGAGCCAACAUCCGGCCUGGACUCCACCAGCGCUUACAGCGUGAUCGAGAAGGUCCACGACAUCGCUCGCUCCGGGAGCACAGUGAUCCUCACCAUCCACCAACCCUCGUCCCGGAUUCUCCUCCUCCUCGACCACCUCAUCGUCCUCGCCCGCGGCCACCUCAUGUACCAAGGAUCCCCCAAGGACGUCACCGGAUACCUCCGCAAGAUCGGCCGAAAAGUCCCCGUCGGGGAGAAUUCUAUCGAAUACCUCAUCGACGUCAUUCAGGAAUACGAUCAGUCCGAGAUCGGGGUCGAGGCUCUCGCCGAGUUUGCGCGCACCGGCGUCAAACCACCUAAGUUGGUCGAAGGGGAUGUCUCUUUUGUUUCAGCAGCGGUGGCGACGCCGACGCCAGCUCGGACGCAGCCUCGCGGAAACGGUGGUGUUGAAGAUUUUGAUCAUAGUUUGAGGAGCCCUCACAAUGCAGCGUCGAGAUCGUGGAGUGCUAGUGGAGUGGUGCAGACGAUGAUGUUUACUCCACCUAGGCCAAGGAAUGAAUAUCAAUCAAAAGUGAACAACCCCAUGAGCUCAUCUCCCUACGCCAACUCAAGUGAGAUCCUCCCCAGCACACCAACCCCCCACAGCAGCGACUACACCGUGAACGAGAACGACUACUUGACGCCGGGCGUGCUCGACGCCUACUCCGUCGACCACGGCCCGAAAUUCGCCAACUCCUUCCUCCCGGAGACGUGGACCCUCAUCCGCCGUAACUUCAAGAACAUCCGCCGUACCCCCGAGCUCUUCCUCUCCCGCCUCCUCGUCCUCACCUUCAUGGGCUUCAUGAUGGCCACCAUGUUCCCCAACCCUCCAAAUAGCCUCCAAGGCAUCACCAACCGCCUCAGCUUCUUCAUCUUCACCGCCUGCGUCUUCUUCUUCUCCUCCAACGACGCCGUCCCCGCCUUCAUCCAGGAACGCUUCAUCUUCGUCCGCGAGACCUCCUUCAACGCCUACCGCGCCUCCUCUUACACAACCGCCGGCCUCAUCACUUACCUCCCUUUUCUUGCUCUCCAAGCAAUCGUCUACGCCCUCAUCACCUGGUGGGCUCUAACUCUUCGAGGCUCCUUCCUGUACUUCUUCAUCGUCCUCUACGUCUCCCUCCUCACCACCAACUCCUUCGUCGUGUUCGUCAGUUCCGUCGUGCCGAAUUACAUCCUCGGAUACGCCGCCGUCAUCGCCUUCACCGCCUUGUUCUUCUUGUUCUGCGGCUUCUUCCUGAACUCGGGUGAGAUUCCUUCCUAUUGGACGUGGAUGAACAAGAUCUCGACCAUGACCUAUCCCUACGAAGGGCUUUUGAUGAAUCAGUAUCAAACAAAUGAUGUGUUUGGGAAAAACGUUGACGGCACGUUGGUGACCGGACAAGGGAUACUGGCUAGUCUCAACAUUAAUAGCGAUAUUGGGUCGAAUAAGAAGUGGGAAAAUGUGGCGAUAAUGUUGGGUUGGGCAGUUUUCUACAGGGUCUUGUUUUACUUGGUUCUUCGUUUCGCGUCCAAGAACCAAAGGACAUAA